AUGUUUGCUGCUGCUACCAAAAACUUUGUUAAGCAGGUUGGUGACAGUGGGAGAUUAGUCCCUGUUCCUAGCCUCAGUGAAGCUGACAAAUACCAACCUCUGAGUCUUGUUAUUAAGAAGAGAAAAUGUUUUCUUUCAAAAAAAUCUAAAUUUGCUUCGACACCUUUCACCCUAAAAGACAUUCUUCAUGGAGAGAAAGAAAUUUCAACUGGUGUUUCAUCCUAUCAGCUGUUGAAUUAUGAAGACAAAUCAGAUGUUUCACUCUAUGGUAGACGAGGAAAUCAGAUAAUGAGUGAUGUUGGGGUCAAUAUUGCUGGAUCAGAUUCUGUUGCAGUAAAAGCUUCAUUUGGUAUAGUGACCAAACAUGAGGUUGAAGUACCAACAUUACUUAAAGAACUUACUACUAGAAAAAUUAACUUUGAUCACUGCCUAGUCCGACAAUCAAGAGAAAGUAGGAAAACAGUUCUGUGUGUGGUCAUGGAAAGUAUUAGAACAACACGGCAAUGCUCAUUAUCUGUGCAUGCUGGUAUGCGUGGGGAAACAAUGAGGUUUCAUAUUAUUGAGGACCAAAAUCACAAGGGACGAGACAAAGCUAUUGUUUUUCCAGCUCACACAACUAUUGCAUUUAGUGUAUUUGAACUUUAUAUUCACUUGGAUGGUAAUUUUGAGUUCUGUGUCACUCCAGUUUCAAAAGGAGGAUUUGAAAAAGAGCAAUCUGGAUCAUUUUCACUGAACAAAUUAAGGAGGAAUCUAUUCCACCGAAAUAAAAGGGUAAUGGAUAUCAUUGCUAAUUCAGAUGUUUACUUGGAGGACAUUUUUACAGACUAUUAUGAAAAAGCUGCAAGCAUGACUGAUAUCUCUUCAAGCUGUCUCAGAGAAGGGUCUCAUAUCCGGGUUAAUUUACUUAAUAACAACAUCCCAAAAGGUCCUUGUGCCCUUUGUGGAAUGGGAAAUUCUAAAAGAGAGACAGUCUAUGGAUGCCUAGAGUGUUCUUUUAAUGGACAAAAGUAUGUACGACUGCAUGCUGUGCCCUGCUUUGAUGUCUGGCACAGGAGAAUGAGAUAAAUGAUCUAUGAGUGUGACUAUUGUUAUAGACUUCAGUGUAACUGUGCCACAAAAUUUCCAAAA